AUGGCGUGGUCCAGAGAGAUUGGCGUGCCUUUAGAGUCCGUGUCCGAGCAGGUGAAGCAGGUGGAUCCACCCCUAUAUUGUGAGGAGUCCGUGUCCGAACAAGUGGUCAGAAAACGGCGCAGAGACCCAUGGUCAAUGCCAUCUGACGAUGAAAGACAAAAAAGACUGCUCCUUCCAUCCCCUCAACCGCUAGGCUCUCCCACCGAAGUCAAUACACCGAGUACUCUCUCCCCGUCACCCUCCUCAAUCCGUCCAACUUAUUUUACGCAUGUUUCCUCUCCUGGCCGCACAGAGCGUAACAGACUUGCGCGUCUGGAACGUGAGCUCCGUGGUGUUUCCGAUGACCUGAUCUGCCAACUAUUAAUUCGAUCAGGACGCCAACAUCUGCUGGCCAUACCAGAAGAUGUAGGCAAUGGACUGCCAUCCGAGUUUGAGAAAGUCGGCUUUGCCAAGGUCGAGAUGAUUGAGCGCCGCCUCAAACGAUAUGUCGAUGAGAUGAUUGAACGCAGCCUCAAAUCACAUGUUGUCGACGAGAUUGUCGAUAGUGCCGUGAGCGAGUGUCGUGAUCAGAUCUUCGACGAAUGCAAAACAAACGAAGCCGCAUUUCGUGAACAUGUCGACGACGGUAACUCCGAGGUACGCAAUACGACCAAUGAAUGUAUGAAGGAAAUGGAAGAACAAGCGCGAAAGCACAUGCGAGAAAUGGAAGAACGAGCGCAAGAGUACAUGAAUGAUAUCGAGGAUCAGGGGAUCGAGAUUGGGAUAUCUACAAAGGAAAAAGUCGCAAAGCUCAAGCGCUGGUUCAAUGCUUCUGCCCAGUCUUUACUUGAUAGCAAGUCAAGCCAUGGCCAUGAGCUGGGCACUAAUGCCAGGCGCAGUUCCAUUUAG